AUGACUGAGCUGGGCGGCUUAUAUGCGCUGAAGGAUAAGCCACUGAGGUCCAUCACAGAGUCGUUGAUUACUCGGUACAAGACAAAAACUAGCACUUCCACCGAUGUGUCAAGAGAUGAGAUAAAGAGUCAAGAUAAACCAAAUACACCAAUAUCUGAAGAACCAGGUAAACUAAAAUUUGCUUUCGGAUUUGCUCAAUCAGUGGUGGGGUCUUUGUUAGAAAAAGUAGGGCUUACUGGCUAUAGUGAUAAUGAUUUCACCAAAAAAGAGGCUAUUGAUAAUUUAUUACUACAGAAGAAAACGGCAAUAUCAUAUACUGAUUGGCUCCAGGUAUGCGAUGAACUUGAUGAAUUACAAGGUUUUAACAUUUGGAAAAGUGAAAAAGAGUCAAGACUAUAUGACUAUGAUAUUGUGGAAAAUAGCUUGAAUGAAUUAAGAGCUGCAAGAUUAGAGAAGAACAUACCAAGAUUAUUAUAUCUCAUACGAACAACAUGGACGAGAAAUUUAGGUAAUAUUGGUAAUGUCAACUUAUAUCGUCAUUCACAUUCAGGUACAAAAACAUUGAUCGAAGAUUACUUAGAUGAAUGUAAUUUGGCUUUAGAUGAAGUUACUAAAGAGAAUAUUAAUCGUGGAUUAGAUGAUCGAUACAUCUUGGGGAUGUUGGUACAAACCAGGAAAAACGUUGGGAGAACAGCACUUGUGCUUUCAGGAGGCGGAUGUUAUGGACUUUUCCAUAUUGGUGUAUUAGCAGCCUUACUAGAAGAAAAUGUAUUACCAAGAAUAAUAUCUGGUAGUUCUGCUGGUGCUAUUGUUGCAAGUAUACUUUGUGUUCAUGAUAAUGAUGAAAUUAUGGAAUUGAUGGAAACAAUCGUGGAGCAAAAAUUUAAUAUAUUUGAAGAGCAAGGAAGUAUAAAAUCAACAUUACUUUGUCUUUCAAGAUUCUUGAAAUAUGGAACUUGGUAUGAUAAUAAAAAUUUACAAGAUACAAUGAUUGAUUUUCUUGGUGAUUUAACAUUUAGGGAAGCUUAUAAUAGAACGGGAAGAAUUUUGAACAUAACAGUAUCCCCUGCCAGUGUUCAUGAACAUCCAAGACUAUUAAAUUAUCUUACAGCACCAUCUGUUUUGAUUUGGUCUGCUGUUUGUGCCUCAUGUUCAUUACCUGGUGUUUUCCCAUCAAGUACAAUUUAUGAAAAAAAUUCCAAAACGGGUGCUACACAAGAAUGGCAUCAUGCUUCGGUUAAAUUUGUCGAUGGUUCAGUUGAUAAUGAUUUACCAAUUGCAAGAUUAUCAGAAAUGUUCAAUGUUGAUCAUAUUAUUGCAUGUCAAGUCAAUCCCCAUGUUGUCCCUUUUUUAAAAUUGUCAGUUACUUGUGUUGGUGGUGAAAUUGAAACUGAAUACAGUGCAAUUUUCAAAACCAAAUUAGGUCAAAUUUAUGGAUUAUGGUCAGCUGAAGUGAUUCAUUAUCUACAAAUGGGUGCUGAAGUUGGAGUUGCAAGAAAUUUGUGUACUAAACUGACAUCUGUUCUUUCACAACAAUAUUCUGGUGAUAUUACAAUUUUACCUGAUUUAAGAGAAAUUUCAAAAUUGAAUAAACUUUUGGCUAAUCCAACUCCUGAAUAUUUAUUACAUUGUACUAUGAAAGGUGCAAGAGCUACAUGGCCAAAAAUAUCAAUUAUAAAAAACCAUUGUGGUAUUGAAUUUGCAUUGGAUAAUGCUAUAAAAUUAUUAAGAGGUAGAAAUUUCAAAAAUUUGAAUCUAAAUUUAGCUUUAGUUAAUUCUCCAAAUUUCAAUUCGGAAAAAGAUAAUGAUCCAAAUUUAGCUAAGGAUUCAAUCACAUUAGAAACACAAACCUAUAAUCGUCAUACAACACCAAAACCUGAAAAAAAAACAUCUUCAACACUACAAAGACAUCAUCAAAGACAUAGAUCUGAAAGUUUAUCAAUUGAAAGAUUGAGAAAUUUAAGAUCUGUUAAAUCUCAUUUACAUGUUGAUGGAGAAAAUGUUGUUUAUAGUGGAAGACGUAUGAGUGAAUCUACCGGUAGAGAAGUCAAAUCACAUAGAUCAUAUUCAGCAACUGGGAAACUUAUUGAAUCUUCUUAUAAUAGAACUAGACAGCCAAGUUUUUCAAUAUCUUCAUCUGCUAAUGCAAGUCAAGGAUCUUCACCAUUAAAUUUCCAAUCAGGUUAUGAUGGUUAUUUUAGAAGAGUUAAAACACCUGUUAAAAAGUCAUUUGAAGGAUAUAAUAGACCUGCAUCUUCAGGGGAGGAUAGAAUAACUGGACAAAAUCUCAAGAAUUUCAAUAAUAUUGAUAGUUAUGAUGGUUUGUUUGAAACAUCACCAACAAAAAAGAGACUAAAAGAAGAUGUUUAUGGAUCUUCAAACUAUGAUGAUGAUGACGGUUAUGAUGAUGAUGAUCCAAUAAAGGUUGACGAUAAUUUUCAGCCAUGA